CAGCUGAUAUUAACGAAUUUUUCAUCGUAAUUGCUACGAAUGUCAUUUCAGUAUCUGUCAGAAUUAAUCCAUCAUCUCUGGAAUUUUCCAUAAAUAUUUGGAGUACUGGUUGUAGCGAGGGGUGAAGGGAAAAAUAGUCGUGAUUGUUUGGUGUUGAGAAUUGACAGAACCGUGAAACUUCAUUUCUGUCAGGGGUGCAAGUGAGAUAGAAAUACCUGCGGGUUGGGGAGAGUAAAAAGAGAUUCGUAAGGACGCCUUUGUGCUAUUUCUGUCACGUAGACUUGCCAGUAUAUGCAUCUUCACUACAUACACAAGACUCAAGUCAAAUCUCGGUUCAUCGGUUUGUAUAUCAGGAAAAUUGCGCGUCUACUCUUCGCAGUUGGAUAAUAAUUACAAUUACCGGAGAGUUGUUAAUAACUUGUGGUAUUGGAGUGUUUUUGGGUGUUAAUUUUCAGUGCGUUAAAACAUUGAGAAAAAAUGAUCUCAAUCAUGGAUUGUUUUCGGCAGUAGCGGAGUGAUUAUUCAUCGACUGAUAAACAACGAAUUGUUCGUGAGGAGAUUGUCAUUGGAGUAACGGAGGCAUUGUUUUGAGAAUUUUUUUCCGAGAUUGAGGAGUUCGUGCUGUAACAUUUUUUGAACAAAUUCUACUGUUUGUUUUGAGUGUACGUUAUCUUUCAGUGCGUCGUUCAUUGGCGUCACGUCAGUGUCCACUUUUUUUUCCAGUGAAAAAUAGAUACAGCAUUAAUAAUACAUUGAUCAUAAAUUUCACUGAGCGCCUACAGUUUGUCAAUAACUCUGGUAUUUUUUUUGGAUUAUAUUCAUAGAACAAAAAAGGGAUUUAUCAUUGUGAUGUACCGAAAGUGUAGCACUGAGGAAUACUCCGUUACAUCGACCAUCAAAUUGCUGCACUCAAAGAGGAAAGGAAUUUUCAUAAAAAAAAUGCUCAAGGACACAAUAAGUAUCAGAAGUCCCUUAAAUUUCCUAGCUUUUCGUCUGUACUGAGGUGAUUGAUUCCGCUACAGGUGAAAAUUCAAUUGAUGAGAUUUAUUUCUGUUCCUUUUAUUUUUCUUUUCAAUAAAAAUUUGAGGAGAAAUUUUUCUCACGAUUCUGCGAUUUGUCGAAGAGCUGAUAACUCCGGCAAAAUAUCGCGUUGAAUGCCAGGGAAUUGUUGAUUGUUGAUUAUUGAUUAUCCGAUUGAUUGAUUGAUAAAGUCUAUCAACUCACCGAGGUUUUCAACGAUAAAUAGCAUUUUGGGGGAGAAUUAAUUAGCAGCCAUGAAGCUGUUAGAGAGCACUCGGUUCGAGGCCAUUAACAAUGCCCUGUGUAUCAAGACUGGUGACAGCAAAAUCAUCGGGAGGAUCGAGAGUUACUCCUGCAAAAUGGCUGGCAACGACAAACAAUUAUACAAAAGAUUCAACGCCGAGCAGGGAGUCACUCCACAUGACCUUCAGGCAUUAUCACCACCACAAACAUCCCUUGGCACAUCCCCAGCUCAAAGCUACUUCAGUCGGAGCAUCUCGGGCGAUGAGGACGGACCACUCUGUGAUACAAUAAGCCGCAAGACCCUGUUCUAUCUCAUAGCGACACUCAACUCAGCGUUUCAUCCGGAUUAUGAUUUCUCAGAUGCAAAGAGUCAUGAGUUUAGCAAAGAACCGAGUCUACAGUGGGUUAUGAAUUCAGUUGACAGUAAUCUGAGUGCAACGGCUGGGGAUCACUAUCGCACCCUGAGAUCAGCACUCUGGGCUGCUGUUGAGGAUGAGAUAUCCAUGAACGAAUGUGAUAUUUACAGCUAUAAUCCGGACCUAGCAUCAGAUCCAUUCGGCGAGGAUGGAUGCCUCUGGUCCUUCAAUUACUUCUUCUACAAUAAAAAACUCAAGAGAAUCGUUUUCUUCACCUGCAGAGCUAUAAAUCCUCUUUAUGGCUUGGACUCUGGUGUCGGUUCUGAUUUCGCUAUGGACGAGGAUGAAGAUGACAGUUAUUAGAUAACGAUGAAUAACUCAAUUAGCCUGAGUCUCUGUCCUUGAUUUCGUUUACAAGUUGACGAAUAUCGAAUGCCCAUGAUAUUUA